AAAAAACUUUCCUGUUUCGUGAAAAUGUGAGAAUCGUUCUUGGUAUUUGAUGCUGUGCUAUUUUUCCACCUGCUGCGGCGCAAUUAUUUUCCCGACUAUCGAUGAUGGGUUCAAUGUGCUCGGAAAAUAGCUGUUUGACGGUUGAAUAACUUACGAGAAGGAACCCACCCCAAAAUCGCUGCAAGCAUGAUUCGAAUAGCAUCCAAUCGGCUACUUUCCACGAGUUGUGGGCUGCAGUCGUCCACGAAAGCAGCCAAGGUUCUGAGCAAGCUUAUGAAUGGAGGAACCAAGGCGAAGAAGAAACGGUAUUACGAUGAAACAAGUGACCGCGCUCCGAAGCUCAUGACCCCCACAUCGCUGGCCAGCACCAACCGGCAAGGCAAGGAGUCCAACCGACGGGUGGCGGUGUUGAAUAAGCUCUUCAUGAAGAACAUCACCGAUCUGAUGGCAACCGGCACGUUUGCCAGCGAUCUGUACGGAUAUGGUUUGCAGAUUUCGCGAGUCCGUGUGGCCCCCGAUUUCCGCGAGGCAAGCAUCUACUGGUUCUCGAGCAGCCUUGAUAAGGAUGUGAAAAUCGAAACCAUUCUCAAACCGCUUUCGUUUCGAUUACGCCACGAGCUCUCCCAGCUACGUCUAGUUGGUGAGGUGCCACACCUGAGAUUCGUCCAAGACAAACGUUAUUACGUUGAGGGAGUUCUGAACGCUCUUUUAAAAGAAGCGGACUACGGAGUAGACGACACCGAAGGGAACGAUAAGCUGGCGACGGAUCACGAUGGAGGACCGACCGAGAAGAACGAACAGCUGUGUGAGCCUGAGAUGAGGCAUGAUAUUUUGGGAUUGGAUCAUUUCCAAAUUAUGGCUCGAAUACGGCAAUCGGUGGACAAGACUAACAAAGCGUGGAAGCUACACGAGGAAGCACAUCGGAAAGACCGAGCAACGCUGGCGAACGGCGCAAAGAUCAUCGAGUAAACAUUUCUUUCCUUGGCACAAGAUACCUUGCCCCCCCCCUGUAGCAAUACCGUAGAUUUGGAUUGAUGUUCUGUUGAGCAGUAAAUAAAAUUUAUUGAAU